AUAAGUUGUUGUCACAUGGUGUACACCGCAGACCCACAGAAAACUUCCAAUAUAGAACAGACAGUGAGCUACCAUACAAUCAACAUGUACUUUUCAGCCGUGACCUGUCUCUGUUCUACCAUUCUGUUCGGUGUCUGUCAUGGAUUUUUCGGAGAUUUGUUCGGAAUGGGAGGAGGAAUGGGAGGAGGAAUGGGAGCAGGGGGAGGAGGGAUGGGAGGAGGGAUGGGAGGAGGAAUGGGGAUGGGCGGUAUGUUCAACAUGAUGGCGAUGGGAGGAGGCGAUAAUUACAACUCCAUGAUGGAACAAAGAUACGGUUGCCAAACAGAGGGAGGAUAUUGUUUAGAUAUGUACCCACCACCAGCAUCCGCAGGUGGCGCCGGUGGUGAGCAACCAGAAGUUGAAAUGGAAGGCGGAGCUCCGACCGCUCCACCUCAGCCAGCUCCUAGAGCCCAUGGAGCCCGUGGACAUCAUGCUGGGGGUCACGGAGCACCGAAAACCCCUGGAAAACCCGGCGCGACCGCUCCUCCGGCCACCCCGGCACCACCCCGAAGAAUGGUAGCAAAUCCUAUGCAUUACAUCCGCCAAAACUGUAUGAACUUCGACUUUGAUUAUUUCAGCUGCGGUAGGACAGGAGGUGUGUGCUGUUACCAGAGGCCUUGAUCAUCAUAUUAUCUUCACACAUCAGUGCCAUUUAACAGUUGAUGAAACUGCUCACUUGGAACAACUGGAAAUGUACUCCAAACACUCAUUUUCAUGAAUAUACUGGACGCCUUCGAUAUUUAAACACGUGACUCAAACGAUACCUAAAGACGCAUGCAGUGUUGUACACGAUACAUGGGGUGUCCAACGUAUGAUAUUUAACUGUCAAAUAUGGAAUAAUAACUUGUAUAUAUUAACA